AUGGACGACAAGAUCGAAGCCGUUCCCUUCAUUGCCCAGGAAGAUAGCCCAAAGAAGAAGCAAAAUAGAGGACCCAACCUGCUCCUAGGCCUGGCUUGCGGCUUGGUUCUACUCGACUUGGGGACGAGAUGGGUAGGCAGCCAUCGUGAUAUUCUGCCAAAAUGGCAUGGGCAACACAAAGAUUGCGGACUACCAUCGACUCCUAUCACCGAAGUGAGAGAGCCGGGAGUGGUUGACUAUACUCUCACGCUCUCUCAAGCAUGGCGCAAUCCUGAUGGAGGCUGGUGGCGACCAAUGUUUGUUGGCAACUCGGAGACCCCGUUUGAGACCAUCCAUGCUCAAGAGGGCGAUAUCGUCAAGAUCCAUAUGUUCAAUGAACUUCAGCUACCAUGGGCUAUUCACUGGCUUGGGCUGGACUCUGGAAGUGAGACCUGGAACGAUGGCAGUGCCGGCGUCACUACAUACCCUCUUCUGCCUAGAGCGAAUCGUACGGCAGUGUUUAACACGACAGGCCAAUGGGGCCUCAAGCGCUGUCUUGAUCACGUCUCGGUUCCAUCUGUCGAAGGAAAUUAUGGCACAAUGUGGAUUCGCCCGAGUCCCAAUCGCGAACGGCCAUACUCUGUCAUCUCGGAUGACAAGCAAGAUGUUCAAGACAUGCUCGAGGCCGAGGUGCGCCCUCACCCUGUGACUGUCUACAAUUAUCAGCAUCGACAAGCAGCUGGCUUGAUCGCUCAACUUCAAGCAGAGGGCCACGAUCCCUACUGCUUCCAAUCUGUCUUGAUCAAUGGGAAGGGUCGUGUUCACUGCAAGCCACCACAGCUUGACAAAUUGGAUGGCAAGCCUCUAGAUACCUACGGCUGCGUCCCACAGGCUUCGGGUGCAGUCGGCUAUGGCGAGUGCAAACCAUCCAAUGGAGACUACGAGAUCAUACAUACUGAUAACCGCCGCUGGAUCCUCCUCCAGUUCACAAAUACAGGAUUCGAACAUGUCUGGAGGAUCUCGAUUGACAACCACAAAAUGUGGAUUGUCGCGAACGAUGGCGGCUUUGUGCAGCCACAAGAAGUUGAUGUAUUGCAUCUCAUAGAUGCGGACACAAUCCACGUUAUGAUCCGGCUCGACCAGCCUGCACAAGACUAUGCUGUUCGCUUCUACAGCUACAGCAAGAUGCAGUCUAUCCAAGGAUUUGCUUACUUGCGAUAUCCACAUAGGCGUAUGGGCCAGACUAUUGGUGAACCAAUGCCUCAACCAAAGCUAGAAAAUGGUCCUGUCAAUCUCGACGGCACAGUCAAGAAAGGCUUCGUGCUUCAAGAGGUUGACAAGCUUGCACCAUUCACACCAAAUAAGCCUGAUCAAAAGGCCGAUCUGACUCUCCGCCUCAAAGCAACGGGCGCACCAGAUCCAGUCAAUCCUUUCGUAACCAAUUGCUCCCUGAAUGGCGCUCCUUGGCAGCUUUUCCGCGAGUUCAUGGAACCUGUCGCUCUCCAUGUAAAGGAGCAGUCAUCCGAGCCGGAACCCAUCAUCCGGAAUCUUCCACUCGGCUCUGUCGUCGACAUAAUUCUCGAGAAUGACCUUCCAGUCGACCUGCCGUUCUACAAACACAACAACCCAACCUUCAAAAUCGAUUGGGACACGAAGAAGUCUUUCAAUCUCGAGAACCCAACGUAUGGCUACAUGCACGAACUUCCUGCCGGAGGUUGGCUCGCAUUGAGGUGGAAGAUCAACAGACCUGCUGCGACGAUGUUCACGGUGUACAAGGUUCGCUACUUCAUUCAGGGAAUGCAAGUCGCUUUGCUAGAGGGCGACGAUGCGCCGUGGCCGGAGUUGCCAAAGGAGCAGCGAGAGCUUCCGCAUGUUGACUUCCCUAUUCCGCCUCGUUGUGGAAUCUUUGACUAA